AAAGGGAAGGUUGUCUGGCCAAAAAACUCAGACACAGAGAGAAUGACAAGACGACGAAGCGUCCGUCACUAAGUUUAGUGACCAGCCAAACACCCCACGAUUCGUGCUUCACCUCUCCCUCCCCUCCGAUUCUUCCGGCCUUCUCCUUCCGACUAACCCCUCCAUUUCCGACACGUCAUCUCCCUCAAUUCCAUUCCCCCCUCCCCCUCCGAUUCUGACAAAGCUCCACCACCCCCUCCCCCUAAAUCUCUUUUCGUUUUCUCUUCCCAAAUUCCCGAUCCCGUUACUGAAAAUCCGUAGCCAAUCAAAACAGAGCUCAUCUCCGAUCCGCCAUUGUUUUUUUUUUUUUUUUCCUCCAAUUAUUUCGUGUUUACUGCAUUGAACGACGUAUGCAAUCGGAGCACGGAUUCCGAGACGAUAAAGCUCGGUUUGUCCGCAUUAUCCGAGUCAGAUACUACUCAGAGCUUUGGCAUUGCUUGCUUGCUUGGGGAUCCGUGAGCAUUAGGAUCUUGGAUCGAAGCUGAGCCGAUUGAGAUCCUGCGUGGGCCUCUCGCUUCUCCCUCUCUGUGAUUAUAGGGGUGGAGCGUGUUUGGUCUUGAUUAACAAGAUUUUGAGUUUUCGUGUUUUGUGAUUGAAGAAAUUUUUGAUUUAAGUAGAGCUCGAAAUUUUUGUUUUUGUGGAUUGUUGGGAUUUGGAGCUUGGUUUUGUGAAUUCUUGUUUGUUCAUAUUGGAUGGAAGUGUGUGAUUAUCCGAUGACCACAUUGGAGGAUUAUAUAUGAGCGGUGAGCAUCCGUUGCUGUCAUCACCGGAUUCUCCAUCAAAGCCACUUGUGCCGCCCUCUUCUCUAGCUGAGAGACUCGAGCAGCUCUGCCUUGAUGAAUCCAGUUCUUCUUCCAUUCUUGACGGCAUUGAUGAUGGCCAAGGUGAAUCGUUGUUAGCGAGGGAAUACACUGCUGUUCCUGACUGCGGUGUGAAACCAGGAAAGCAGUUUUUUCCGGUAGAGCGUGAGUGCCGUCCGCAGUUUCCGUUGGAAUACCCCACGCGGCAUAAAAAACGCCAGGUAUCGUGGGGUACAAUGGAACUGCAUAGUAUCAAUAGUAAUUCAGCGUCCCAUGAUGUCCCCCAGGCUCCAUCUAGGGUUCUGGAAAAGGCGAACAAGUCUCAGGGGAGUCACCACAAAGGCAUUCAAUUUGAAGAUAACCUCCUACAUGAAGACAAUCCAAGGUUGAUCUAUAUUGAUGAUCCAAAGAAAACAAAUGACAAGUAUGAGUUCACUGGCAAUGAGAUUCGAACUAGCAAGUACACCUUAAUCACCUUCUUGCCCAAGAAUGUUUUCAUUCAGUUUCACCGGGUUGCUUAUUUGUAUUUUCUAGCUAUUGCCAUUCUCAAUCAGCUUCCGCCUCUUGCUGUGUUUGGAAGAACGGUGUCUCUUUUUCCCCUACUAUUUGUGCUGUGUGUCACUGCUAUAAAAGAUGGCUAUGAGGAUUGGCGAAGACAUAGAUCAGACAGGAAUGAAAACAACCGGGAGUCUCUGAUCCUUCAAUCUGGGCAAUUUCAACCUAAGAAAUGGAAAAAUAUUCAAGUGGGCGAGGUUCUGAAGAUUCGUGCUGAUGAUACAAUUCCUUGUGAUAUAGUUUUGUUAGGAACAAGUGACCCUAGUGGAAUUGCCUACAUUCAGACAAUGAAUCUGGAUGGUGAGUCAAACCUCAAAACAAGGUAUGCACGCCAGGAAACAUCUUCAGCUGUAGGUUCAGCAGUAGCCGAUGGGUGUGCAAUUAUGGGGAUCAUCAGAUGCGAACAACCAAAUCGGAAUAUCUAUGAGUUUACAGCCAACAUGGAGUUUAAUGGACAUAGAUUUCCCCUAACACAGUCAAACAUAGUUUUGCGUGGUUGCCAGCUGAAGAACACAGAGUGGAUAAUUGGUGUUGUGGUAUAUGCUGGACAGGAAACUAAGGCAAUGUUGAAUAGUGCAGCUUCUCCUUCCAAGAGAAGCAAACUUGAAGGCUACAUGAACAGAGAAACCUUGUGGUUGUCAAUUUUCCUUUUUGUCAUGUGUUCAGUUGUGGCUGCUGGCAUGGGCACAUGGCUAAUACGCCAUAAAUAUCAGGUUGAUACGUUGCCUUAUUACCGGAAAAGAUUCUUCACUAAUUGGGGGAAGCUUAAUGGGAAAACCUAUAAAUAUUAUGGGAUACCUAUGGAGAUUUUUUUCUCCUUUUUGAGUUCUGUCAUAGUGUUUCAGAUAAUGAUACCAAUCGCUCUGUAUAUUAGUAUUGAGUUGGUUCGUUUGGGCCAGUCAUAUUUCAUGAUUGAAGACAGGCAUAUGUUCGACUGUAGCUCUGGCUCAAGGUUCCAGUGCAGAUCCUUGAAUAUCAAUGAGGAUCUGGGUCAAAUACGAUAUAUAUUUUCAGACAAAACAGGGACACUUACUGAAAAUAAGAUGGCAUUCCGCAGAGCAAGCAUAUAUGGGAGGGAUUAUGGGAGCCAUGUGCUUGUGGCUGAUCAAUUGCAGGAAGAAAAUAAUACAGGAGAAGGUUUAGCUAGAAAGAGAUGGAAGCUUAAAUCUGAAGUUGCUGUCGAUUAUGAGCUCAUGGAGUUGUUGCACAAAGACUUGAGUGAAGAUGAGAGGAUUGCUGCACAUGAGUUUUUCCUUACGUUGGCAGCUUGCAAUACUGUGGUUCCUAUAGUCAGUACUAGUACAUCUUCCAGUUGUGCUAAGGGUGAUGUUGAUUCUAUUGAUUAUCAGGGGGAAUCCCCGGAUGAGCAAGCACUAGUUACUGCAGCCUCUGGUUAUAGAUAUACUCUCUUUGAGCGCACAUCGGGACAUAUUGCAAUUGAUGUCAAUGGUGAGAAACUAAGGUUGGAUGUAUUGGGUCUGCAUGAAUUUGACAGUGUGCGAAAACGAAUGUCAGUUGUUAUCAGAUUUCCAAACAAUACUAUAAAGGUAUUGGUGAAAGGUGCUGAUACCUCUAUGCUCAGCAUAUUAGCGAAUGACUCUGAAAGAGAUGAUGAACUGAGACAUUCAACUCAGAGCCAUUUGAGUGAAUAUUCCUCACAUGGUUUACGUACUCUUGUGGUUGCUGCAAGAGAUCUUACAAAUGAAGAACUUGAACAGUGGCAAAGCAUGUAUGAAGAUGCAAGUACCUCAUUGACUGAUCGAUCCUUAAAACUACGUCAAACAGCAGCUCUUAUUGAAUCCAACUUAAAGCUACUUGGGGCAACUGCAAUUGAGGAUAGGCUACAAGAUGGUGUGCCAGAAGCUAUUGAGUCCCUCAGGCAAGCAGGAAUUAAGGUCUGGGUUUUGACUGGAGAUAAGCAAGAGACAGCUAUUUCAAUUGGUGUAUCAUGCAAACUGUUGACAGCAGAUAUGCAACAAAUUAUCAUAAAUGGAACUUCUGAGGCUGAAUGCAGAAGUCUUUUGGUUGAUGCUAUGGAAAAAUAUGGUGUGCUGUCAUCAAAUAAAAGAAAUCAGAGUUCAAAAUGCAAAAGCAAUGCUGCAAGUGAUUAUCUUGAGUUACCUGAUGAUGCAAAGACAUCUAAUGUGCCAAAAUGGCAUGAAGCAAAGGAAGAAGGAAAGAUAAGUGCACCAUUAGCACUCAUAAUUGAUGGGAACAGUUUGGUAUACAUUUUGGAGAAAGAUCUGCAGUCGGAGCUUUUCGACCUUGCCACUUCCUGUAGUGUGGUUGUAUGCUGUCGUGUUGCACCAUUGCAGAAAGCUGGAAUUGUUGAUCUAAUUAAGACCCGCACUGAUGAUAUGACACUGGCUAUAGGUGAUGGGGCAAAUGAUGUUUCUAUGAUCCAAAUGGCGGAUGUUGGUGUUGGAAUUUGUGGUCAGGAGGGUCGUCAAGCUGUGAUGGCAUCAGACUUUGCCAUGGGACAGUUUCGGUUUUUGAAAAGAUUGCUUCUGGUGCAUGGACACUGGAAUUAUCAGCGUAUUGGUUAUUUGAUUCUUUACAACUUCUACCGCAACGCAGUUUUUGUGCUGAUGCUAUUUUGGUAUAUAUUGUCCACAGCAUUUUCAACAACUUCGGCGUUGACAGAUUGGAGUAGUGUUUUCUAUUCUCUUAUAUAUACGUCUAUCCCUACAAUUAUUGUUGGUGUACUGGACAAAGAUCUGAGCCACAAGACCCUGUUACAAUACCCAAAAUUGUAUGGUGCUGGCCAUAGACAGGAAGCAUAUAAUCCAAAUCUUUUCUGGAUAACGAUGCUUGACACCCUAUGGCAGAGUCUUGUUCUCUUCUAUGUACCCCAGUUCACCUAUAAGGAGAGCACAAUAGACAUAUGGAGCAUGGGCAGUUUGUGGACCAUAGCAGUAGUUAUCCUUGUUAAUGUACAUUUGGCAAUGGACAUUCAUCGGUGGGUAUUUAUCACUCAUAUUGCAGUAUGGGGAUCAAUAAUCAUCACAUAUGCCUGUGUGGUGAUAUUGGAUUCCAUACCUGUUUAUCCCAAUUACUGGACUUUUUACCAUUUGGCAUGUUCUCCUACCUAUUGGAUCACCAUUUUGCUUAUAAUAGUUGUAGCCUUGCUCCCUCGUUUUGUGUACAAAGUUGUACAUCAUAUUUUUUGGCCCUCAGAUAUCCAGAUAGCUAGAGAAGCUGAGAUAUUAAGUAGGAAACAUAAGCAUUUGGGCUCAGAAAAAGAUGAAGAUUCAGGUUAAACACAUAUAUACCCCCUCUUGUAGACAAAUUCACAUUCUGAGAUGGCUUCCCUCAUCUUUGUCCACAAUACGGCUUUCCAGUGGAGUGCGGUUGUAAAAUUUUAAAGAUAAUUGCAUUAGCCCCGUCUGCAGAUCAUCAGCAUUUGACAGCAGAAGGGAGUGCAGUUGCAGGAGAAGAAGAGGGGAUAUGGUGGAUCUUCUAGGCCCAAAUGCACUCAUGGAUAAUCCUUGUUAGGGAGGAAAAUUAAAAGGUGAAGAAGAAGUCCUGAAGUCCCGAAUCGAGGAUUCUUGCGCAAUGUGUUUGAUACUUGGGUCUCUCGCACAUUGGGCGGUCUUAACCAGGAUAUAAGUUCAUAUAGUGGAUCCAUAAAACUGGGGAGUGUGGAAGGAGGGAAAAACGAUAGAACAAACAGAGCAUUGUAUAUAGUAGGUUUGUGUAAAAAUCAGGUCCAAUUUUUUUCUUACACCUUAAUAUAUAUAUAAUUAUACAAGAGAGACGUGUUAUUUGCCCUUAA